GCAUUGCAUUGCCUUGCUUUGCCUGCCAGAGACUUGCACGUGCAGCCCACCAUUACAAGCGAUAAGCAGCAACCCCCCGAUCAGGUACCAUCUCUAUUUUCAACCUUCAUCCUCGAAUCCUCCAAACGCGACUUUCGCGAUCUUGACUCUUUUGAAUCGCCCCGCUACCAACCUCCCUCACGUGCGGGGUUCCCAUUCAGCUUCGCGCUCGCUGGUCUCGAGCCCACCGCACACUACUUACUACUCACGGAUUAACCCCCCUUCCUAGGGCCUUCACUAAGGCCCUUCUACUCCAGUCACCAUGAGUUUCCAUAAUAUGCUCAACAAGCUGUCGGGACAGCCCGAAAGCUACGAGAAAAAGUCCCACUACAAGUUCGGACGCACACUCGGCGCUGGUACGUACGGUAUCGUUCGUGAAGCCGACAGCAGCAAGGGCAAGGUCGCCAUCAAGAUCAUCCUGAAGAAGAAUGUCCGGGGCAACGAACGCAUGGUCUACGAUGAACUAGAGAUGCUUCAGGCUCUCGACCAUCCCAACAUUGUCCAUUUCGUCGAUUGGUUCGAAUCGAAGGAUAAAUUCUACAUUGUCACACAGCUGGCCACUGGUGGUGAGCUGUUCGACCGGAUCUGCGAGUACGGCAAGUUCACCGAAAAGGAUGCCUCUCAGACCAUUCGCCAGGUGCUGGGCGCCGUCCACUACCUGCACGAACGCAAUAUCGUUCACCGAGACCUGAAACCCGAAAACCUUCUCUACCUUGGCCCCGACCCCCAUUCCCCUCUGGUCCUCGCAGAUUUCGGUAUUGCCAAGAUGCUGGAUAGCCCGAGCGAGGUCCUGACCAGCAUGGCGGGCUCCUUCGGCUACGCCGCCCCAGAGGUCAUGCUCAAGCAGGGUCAUGGCAAGGCCGUCGAUAUGUGGUCCCUCGGUGUGAUCACCUAUACCCUGCUUUGCGGUUACUCCCCCUUCCGCUCCGAGAACCUGUCCGACUUGAUUGAAGAGUGCCGAAGCGGAAAGAUCAUCUUCCACGAGCGCUACUGGCGCGAUGUUUCCCAGGACGCCAAGGACUUCAUCCUCACCCUAUUGCAGCCCGAUCCUUCCAAGCGUGUCACAUCCGAUGAAGCUUUGAAACACACCUGGUUGACCGGUGAAUCGGCCAGCGACCGCGACUUGCUGCCCGAGAUCCGUGCCUACAUUGCCCGCUCUCGUCUCCGCCGAGGCAUCGAGAUCAUCAAGCUGGCGAACCGCAUUGAGGCGCUCAAGAUGCAGGAGGAUGAUGAGGACAUCCCCAGCCCGGUGGAAAUGGCAGAGAAGGCAUCUGGGACGACGCCCUUCCCUCAACUCUCGCCCAAUGGCAAGUCGGAUUCCGCGCCAGCGGAGGGCGAGGCGACGGGCACGAAGAAGCGCAGUCUGAGCAAGAUUGCCCGCGGCGCCAUCUUCCGUGAAGUUGUGCUUGCCAAGGUCCGUGAGGUGAAGGAGAACGAGGAGCGCGAGAAGGUUGAGCGUGAAGCUCGUGAACGGACCACCCAUGCAUGAGGCUUGAUCGGAUGGCGUUGAUAGAGACUUGCUUUCUGCUGCUGCACCGGUUCCAUUCUUGUUGGGUCACGGACCAUCACUGAACUGUUUUCUGUGAAUAACUUUCGAUGAUUCCCCGUCCAUAUACUGAUCUGGCGUAUUCUUUUUGCUGUUUCUUGGUUUGCUGAACGAGAUGGGAUUUUAAUGGAGGCUUCGGUUUACGGAGAUAAUAUUCCUUUCUGUGAUCUGAAUGCAUAUUCGGCUU